ACUAGGUAUUGACAAUUGACAUAUUUAUCAACAAGUACAAAAAUUUCAGGUUAUUUUCAGGACAGUUGAAUUCAUUAUACAACUUUGACUUUGUUGUAAAAAGCUGACUGGCAAAUAUUUAAUAUAGUUUAUUUCACGCGAUAAACUAAUAAAUAAAAUAACUAUAAAAAUGCGUUCUUCUUUUAGAAUAAUAAGAUGUUAUACCACUGCGGCUAAUAGUAACAAUUUUGCAGAAGAAAUGAAGAAAAACUUUAUUGCUACAAACUCAUUUCAGAAAGCAAUAUUAACAGUUGGUUCAGCAGCUAUAUCUCUGUUAAAUCCCCAUCGAGGCGAUAUGAUCGCAUGUUUAGGUGAAGUGACUGGAGAAAGAGCUCUAAUACACAUGCAACAAAAAAUAUCUGAGACGCAGGAAGGUUCUGAAAUACUUAAAGAGAAGCCGCGCAUAAAUUCUAAAACUGUUUGUUUUGAUAAACUUGCUGAAAUGCCAGAAAACACACUAGGUCGUGUUUACGCAGAUUUUAUGACCGCCAAUAAUAUUACGGCGGAUUCUCGUUUACCAGUACAGUUUAUUGAAAACCCUGAGUUAGCUUAUGUGAUGCAACGUUACAGAGAAGUACAUGAUUUGGUUCAUGCUACUUUGUUUAUGAGAACAACCAUGCUAGGAGAGGUUACAGUAAAAUGGGUUGAAGGUAUACAAACACAGCUGCCUAUGUGUAUCAAUGGUGGGAUAUGGGGAGCAGGCAGACUAAAGCCAAAGCAUCGCCAGUUAUAUCUAAAAUAUUACUUGCCAUGGGCCAUCAAAACUGGAAACAAUGCCAAGUUUAUGCAAGGUAUUUACUUUGAAAAAAGAUGGGACCAAGACAUAGACGAUUUUCACAAAGAAAUGAAUAUUGUGCGACUGAUGAAGAAAUAAUUUGACGUUGUAAAUUAAUAAUUAUUUAUAGUAUAGCUUCUGUAGUAAUAGCGACUGUGAUGUGUGGAGUUUGUUAAAAAACACUUAAAAUUA